UUCUCACUAUUUCAACUUUGAACAUCGACGAAUCUCGUCUUCAUACAAGAUCCCUUUCUCUCUCUAUCUUUCUCUCUCUUAAUUCGUCUGAAUUUCGUCUUCCCGCGCUUUCAUCAAUGAUUUUGAUUUCCGGUGAAAGAAAACGGAAGAAAAGCUGAAUCGAUACGUAUAAGUUGACUGAUUUGUUGUUUUUGGAAAGCGUGAUAUCGUAUGACGAUCUCUGAUAAUACGUUAGGGCUAAUUCUAGCGGUUUCUUCGAGUUUAUUCAUAGGUACGAGCUUUAUUCUUAAGAAGAAAGGUCUUCAACGUGCUGCAGCUUGUGGUCUUCGUGCUGGGGGUGGUGGUUACACUUAUUUAUUACAACCACUUUGGUGGACAGGCAUGAUAACAAUGAUAGUUGGAGAAGCUGCGAACUUUGUUGCUUAUGUUUAUGCACCAGCUGUACUCGUGACACCUCUAGGUGCUUUGAGUAUCAUUAUAAGUGCUUUUUUGGCACAUUUUAUGUUGAAAGAACAACUUAGGAGGAUGGGUGUAAUAGGAUGUGUAUGCUGCAUAGUUGGCUCGGUUGUGAUUGUACUCCAUGCACCACAAGAACACACGCCUAGUUCUCUUCAGGAAGUCUGGAACCUAGCGACAGAACCAGCAUUUCUCAUAUAUGCCGCCGCAGCUGUAUCAAUAGUCUUAGUUCUCAUUUUACACUUUGAAUCUCGGUAUGGACAGACAAAUAUUCUGAUCUACUUGGGAAUUUGUUCAUUGAUGGGCUCACUAACGGUUGUAAGUAUAAAGGCAAUAGGUAUUGCAAUAAAACUCACGCUUGAAGGAAUAAGUCAGAUCGCGUACCCUCAGACUUGGUUUUUCGUUACAGUUGCUUCAGUUUGUGUGGUCACACAGUUGAAUUACCUUAAUAAGGCAUUGGAUACAUUUAAUGCUGCCAUUGUUUCUCCAAUAUACUAUGUCAUGUUCACUACACUUACCAUCGUAGCAAGCAUAAUUAUGUACAAGGAUUGGUCGGGGCAGAAUGCUAGCAACAUAGCUUCAGAGAUUUGCGGUUUUAUUACUGUGCUUUCGGGUACAAUAAUUCUUCAUAUUAAUAGAGAACAAGAACCAUCUAUGGCAGGGACAGUUACAUGGUACAAUGGAGAAUCAGUAAAGAGUAUUGAUGAUAUGCAUUAUAUUAUAUUGGAAGAUCCUGAGAAUCAAUAAUGGAAGUUUCAACAUAUCAUGAUCCUAGCUGUAUCUGAAAUCGACAAUGUUUCAAGAUAUCAUCAUCCUAGCUGUAUCUGAAAUCGACAAUGAGGCGGUUGGGUGAAGACUUUUGUAUUCUUUUGUGAUAGAAUCUGCACAUAACAAUUCUUUCAUUUCUUUAUGUAGUCUAUUUUUUUUCUUUCUUUUUUCCCCUUUCUUUGGCUCUCUGAGUUAUGUAUACUUUUGAAA